AUGAGGCGUUUCCUGAGCAGAAAGGGCCGCUUCUCCCUGCGCCAGAGCAAGUCUGGGACCCGGAGUGCCUCUAAAGAUUUCUACCUCGGCCUCCCAGCCACCAAUCAGAACUGGCCUGAGGCAUUUGGCUUCCGAUUAGGUGGCACUGGGCCCAGCUACAUCCUGUCUGUGGUGGAGGGCAGUAGUGCCUACCUGGCUGGCCUGCAGCCCGGGGACCAAGUGGUGGACAUUGAGGGCCAGGAUGUGACCAACCUCAGCACACCGGCACUGAUCGCUCUGGCUCAGACCCUCAAGACGGUACCACCCAGCAUCGGAGUGGUGUCACGGAUUGAACAGAUUGACAUCGCUCCCGGCCCAGAUGGCCGUUUUGGCUUCACCAUCGUUGGAGACAGCCCUCUGAUGGUGGAGGACUGCAUGCCCAAUGGUCCUGCUGGACGCAAUGGCCUCAAGGCUGGGGACUACGUCAUGGAGGUCAACGGCAUCCCAGUGAAGCAUCAUGAAACGGCAGCGGCCAUGAUCAAAGCAGCUCAGGGUCGGCCUCUGCGUCUGGGCGUGCUCAGUAUGGCCCGGCGACCCAAGCGACUGAGCAGCAGCAUGAGGGUGUUGUCGCAGAGUGGGGACAGCAUCAGGGAGAGUCGCGCCCACAAGGCCAUGGAGUUCAAUAAGAAAGUGGAGGAAGUGCUAGGAGAGGAGCUAGAUGUGAAGGAACAUCUGUUUGAGGUGCUCAAGCAGUAUGCUGCUGAGAGGGAUGUGGAGACUCUGGCUGAGGCCCUGCCCGACAUCUUGAUCACAGAGGAACAUCAACAGCUGAUUGACAGCGUCAGGAUCUUCAUUCCCAAGAAGCACCGGGAGCGUUUUGACGAGGUGGUUUCCCAGAGCCUGAUGAGCCGGCUCAAAGGGCGGAGCUUCAGUGACCCUAGCCGCAACCACCUUCGCCGCAGCCGGAGUGAGGAUCACCCAGAACGCCUCCUGGUCUCCACACGCGCCAGUUCAGUGCCACGCACCCAAGCAGAGGAAGGCAUGGUCCCCCCUGCCCGAGGCAUGCGCAAGACCACCUCACUCAUAGCUGGACACUCCAGUGGCACCACCACCAACUGUAGGACAGUGAGAGUGUGUAAGGGUAACACGAGUUUUGGCUUCACUCUUAGAGGCCAUGCUCCAGUGUGGAUUGACUCUGUCAUCCCUGGAAGCCCAGCAGACAAGGCAGGUCUAAAACCAGGAGACCGCAUCCUGUUUCUCAAUGGACUGGACAUGAGGACCUCCUCCCAUGAGAAGGUGGUGUCCAUGCUCCAGGGCAGUGGUGCCAUGCCCACUCUGGUAGUGGAGGAUGGUCCGCCUACUUUUUCCCUGUCAGAGCAGGACCUCGCAGGGGGCGGUGUUCCCACAGAGCGUUCCCGCUCACCUGUGCUCAGCUCCCUGCAGUGGGUGGCAGAGAUUCUGCCCCCCAGUAUCCGGGUUCAGGGCCGCACCUUCGGACAGCAGCUGGAGCACCUGCUGACCAUCCAGGAGAGGUACACCAUCUGCAAGUCUCUGGAGAACUUCUUCCAGCACAGGAAUGUUGACACUCUGAUCGUGGAUGUGUUCCCGGUGCUGGAUACUCCAGCCAAACAGGUGAUCUGGCAGUUUGUUUACCAGCUGCUGACGUAUGAGGAACAGGAGCACUGCCAGAGCAAGAUCUCACGCUUUCUUGGAUACAAAGCGCCAGUUCCACCACCACCACCACCUCCUCCCCCUCCUCCGGAGCCCGAGGUUGCCCCCGAGCCCCAUCGACGUAGCAGCUCCAUGAGGGUGACAGGGACCACGUACAGGAGCAGUGUGAGGGGACGUAGCUCUGAUGACCUGGUCAUUGGCACACACUUGGGCCAGGGCUUCCGCGCAGAGAUGCUGUUGGAGACAGGGAUGAGGUUGGCUCCAGGAGAGAGACAGUCAGGAGAUGGUACUUCCCUUCCUGAGACUCCCAACCCAUACAAGCUGUCAGCGGUGUACGCUGAACUGGAGAACAUGUAUUCAACCAAGAGGUCCAAGUCUCUGAAGAGUCGUGCUCCUCCUGCUCCUGAAAGUUUGCUGGAUCUGGAGCCUCCCUCGCGCACAGCCUCCCCUACAAUACAUGCUAACACAGGUAGCCGUAAAGGCCCCCCAACCCCUACAUCAUGGCCAGAGCCUCUCCCCAGCCCCCCUACACCCCAGUUCUAUCCAUCAGGGCUGACGAGCCAGACCAGUGGUGAGUCCAACCCUUACAUUAGCCUGGACAGCCCCCCUCCGUCACCUCCAGAGUCCUCUGACUUCCCAUCUAGUCCCCCCACCCACCGCAGCAACAAGCGGCGUUACACCUUCUCCAAACCACCACGCUCAGAAGACACCGAUCGCUUUCUGGAUGCACUGAGCGAGCAACUGGGACAGAGAGUGGCCAUCAUUGAUGACUUCCUGUCUCCGGAGAAUGACUACGAGGAGUUGGGGGUAGACGAGGAUGAAAAUGGAGGAUUUGUGGCUCCAGAGCUCAGCAGCCCGAGUGAUGUUCAAAGCAGCAGUGGAGAAGAGAAUGCCUCCUCCCUCACUUACUCUUCCUCCUCCGACCACAUCCCACCACCCCCAAUGACCCCUCCGCCACCCCCUCCUGUUCAGUUCAAUGACCCUCCUCCUCCCCCUCCACAAUCCCAUGGCCAAAGCCAGCCUCAGUCCCUCCCCCACUCGCUAUCUGACCCUUCAGAGCACCUGGAGCCCCCUCCGCCUCCACCCCUGCCGCCACCCUGCUCCCCUCCACCCUUGCCCAGGCCUUCACUCUCCAGGAUGGACUCCAACCACAUGAGUGUGAAGAGGCUGCGCUGGGAGCAGGUGGAAAACUCAGAGGGGACUAUCUGGGGACAGUUGGGAGCCAAUUCUGACUAUGACAAACUGCAUGACAUGGUGAAGUAUCUGGAUCUGGAGCUGCACUUUGGGACACAGAAGAGCUCCAUGCCUGUUCCAGAGCCAUCCCAUGUGCUAGAAACCUUUAAGAAGAAAGAUGUGAUUGAAAUUCUGUCCCAUAAAAAGGCUUACAAUGCCUCCAUCCUGAUAGCCCACCUAAAACUGUCUCCUGGUGAGCUGCGUCAGAUACUGAUGAACAUGGUCAGUGAUAGGCUGGAGCCAGCCCACAUCAAACAGCUGCUACUCUAUGCCCCUGAUGCAGAGGAGGUAAAAAAGUACGAAGAAUACAGACAGGACCCCAGCAAACUCAGUGAGCCAGACCAGUUUGUGUUGCAGAUGUUAUCAGUACCAGAGUACAAGACCCGCCUGCAGAGCCUCCUCUUCAAGUGUUCUCUACAGGAGAAGACGGAGGAGUUGAGGGGAGCAUAUGACUGUCUCUACAAGGCUUCGAUGGAGCUGAAGACAAGCAAGAAGCUGGCUAAGAUACUAGAGUUUGUGUUGGCGAUGGGGAACUACUUGAAUAACAGCCAGCCUAAAACCAACAAGACUACAGGCUUUAAGAUCAACUUCCUUACAGAGUUGAGCACAACUAAAACAGUGGAUGGGAAGUCAACAUUUCUACAUAUUCUGGUCAAGUCGUUAUGUCACCACUUCCCUGAUGUUUUGGAUUUUUCCAAAGAUUUAACCAUGGUUCCUCUUGCUGCCAAAGUAAACCAGAGGACUAUCACAUCAGAUCUGAAUGACCUUCAUACAACUAUCCAGGACAUUCGCUCAGCCUGUCAGAAGAUGCCUGUGACGGCUGAGGACCGCUAUGCUGUUGCCAUGAGUAACUUCCUGGAAAACAGUCAUCCAGCAGUCCAGUCUCUGGAUUCCCUGCAACAGAGAGCUAUGGAGGAAUUCAGCAAAACUGCAUCUUUCUUUGGAGAAGACAGCAAAGGCACAAACACUGAGGCCUUCUUUGGUAUCUUUGCUGAGUUCAUUGGCAAAUUUGAGAAAGCUCUCAAUGAUCAGCAAGCUGCAGAAAACCAGAAGAGUCCCAGAAGUCCACGAAUGGCCUCCCCACUGGCCUGGUAA